UCGAGAGUGUUUUGGCCAGUGCAGGCUUCCGUAGUCCUCUAGUGGAAGAAUGGCCGGCUGGUUGUGGCUUCGCUGUGUUUUAGGGCCUCAUUUGAUACGAAUUCAUCGUUCACCGGACCAGUCUCGGCCUGAAAGCAGGGCAGGGAGGAGGGGAUGGAGCUACCAACCCUGGAGUCUGGAGAAGCACACCGACAGCAUCCUCGGCUGGGCUUCAGCACUGUGGUCCCUGUCCUACUACAGCUCUCCUCUUCUCCUUUGCUAUCUGUACAGGAAAGGUUACAUCUGCAGCAGUAAGCUGGUUCCAGUGAGUCAGUAUUUGGGAACAGUGCUGGUGUGUCUUCUCGGAGUGGCCUGUCUUAGAGGGUAUGGGAGAUGGAAAAACUCGGAGUAUCUUCAGUUUAUCACAAUUCUUGAAGAAGCCAAGAAGAAUCACACAUCAGUGAACAAGAAAAAAGUGAGGUGCUAUGACUUUGACUUCUCAUUCUGGCCUUCGGAUUUCAGCUGGACAGAAGUCAGCAGUCCGAAAAUGUCCAAGGCUGGUGUUUCUCUGCUAAAACCAGAGCCCAGACUAAGAGGAGCAGCUGACAGUGUCCUCAACUCUGUGCGCACUCUACCAUGCCACAUCAUCAGUUUUCUUAUUGCCCACUCAUUUGGGAGGAGGAUGCUGUACCCUGGCUCUGUUGGUUUAUUGCAGAAAGCCAUGAGGCCCAUGCUCCAGCAAGGCCAGGCUAGGUUAAUAGAAGAGUUUGAUGGCCAGAGGAACAAGCUCAUAGCCUGUGAUGGCAAUGAGAUUGACACAAUGUUUGUGGAUCGAAGGAGAGACGGGGGACAGAAUGGGAAGACACUGGUUAUCUGCUGUGAGGGAAACGCAGGCUUCUAUGAAGUGGGCUGCAUGAACACGCCGCUGGAGGGUGGUUACUCUGUACUGGGCUGGAACCACCCUGGAUUUGGAGGCAGUACGGGAGUACCAUUCCCCCAGAAUGAGGCCAACGCCAUGGAUGUCGUGAUCCAAUUUGCAGUACACAAGCUGGGCUUUCAGCUCAGUGACAUCGUCGUAUAUGCGUGGUCCAUAGGAGGAUUCACAGCCAGUUGGGCAGUGAUGUCAUACCCAGAGAUCCAAUCAGUAGUAUUGGAUGCCUCCUUCGAUGACCUCCUGCCUCUGGCCCUCAAGGUCAUGCCUGACAGCUGGAGACCGUUGGUGCAACACACAGUUAGGCAGUACAUGAACCUCAACAACGCGGAGCAGCUUCUCAAAUAUCAGGGACCAGUCCUGCUGAUCAGGAGAACCAGAGAUGAGAUCAUCACUACAACGGGUCCAGAGGACAUCAUGUCUAACAGAGGCAAUGACCUCCUGCUCAAACUGCUACAGUUCAGAUACCCAAAAAUCAUGACAGACGAAGGGGUCAGAGUUGUUAGACAGUGGCUGGGAUCCGCCAAUCACUUAGAAGAAGCAUCAGUGUACAGUGGCUACGAGGUGGAUGACGACUGGUGUGUGUCUGUGCUGCAGUCCUAUCAGGCAGACAGAGAUGUUUUGUUUCCAUGGAGUGUUGGCGAGGAUAUGACCCUAGAGGGAAGGCGGCAGCUGGCUCUUUUCUUGGCACGGAAGUACAUGCGAAACUUUGAAACGACACACUGCACUCCUCUCCCCGCCUCCGAGUUCCACUCACCCUGGAGACUGUGAAGGAAGAAAGAAUGGAUGGAUGGGAGGAAACGAGCGGCAGAGGAUUUGGAUGCCCUGUGGUCAGAGUCUGUUCCUGGCAUGGUGUGAAUGUAUUACACAGAUUUGUUGUCAUAUACAGUGUUGGUGUGGAGGCAUCUGGAAAGAUCUGCUGUACUAUAACCCUCUUCCCUCCUCCCCAAAACCUGUAAAAUAUGGUUCCUCCUUUCUUUUGAGGUUAGUGUUCAGUCAUCAUUUUCGGUUUUUUGCCUCUUUUAAAAGAAAAAAAAAAGGAAAAAAUGGUGCAUUUUCAGUAAAUGCAUAAGCCAUCUCUCAUUCCUUCCAUUGUUCCCUCUUUGGCUGUGUUUGUAAAGAAGCAAUUCUAAGUACAAAUACAUUGCUAUAGUUUCAAUAAUAUCUAAAAUAUCUUAAUGUUCACAGGAAUUUUUAUCUUUAAAAAUGCAGCCAAAGUGUUAAAAGCUUUUCAGGUUUACUUCUUUAUUGUGGAAAUUGUCUCUAUGAACAAGGCUGUAUGUUCUGCUUAAAUGUUCUAUUAAAUAUGCUAAGUAAAUUGUUUGACAUAA